CAACGAAACUCUCCUUACGUUACUUACACCUUAAGUACAAUAAUUUUCUCAAAUUUAAGCUUUAUAUAUAUAUAAUAUUACGAUCAAAGUUUCUUUUAUAUAUUUUAUGGGAAGAUUUGCCAUCGCCAAAACUAAGAUUUUAAUGCUUAGGGAAGCUAGGCGAUCAGUUGAGCGACCGAUAAGCAAAAUCGCUGGUGCCGAUAGGGAAACUAUCGAAAAGUCGAGAAAGUCAUCGUCAAACAGUAACAGCAGCAACGAUAUAAAAGAUUCGUGGUGCUGGGUUCCACAUCCAAAGAGCGGGAUAUAUUUUCCUGAAGGCCAUGAAUGGGUAAUGAAAGAUGUUCCGGACGGAGCAGCAUCGUUGAAUCAGACAUAUUGGCUCCGGAACGUUGAGGGUGUCGAUAAACCAGAACCGUCUGAGCAUGAAUAUUUUUCAAGUGAUCAUCACUAUUCACAUGCAAAUAUGUGAGUACUAAACUUUAAGAAUUAGGUAUUGAAAGGAUGUUGAAUAAACAUUUUGGCCAUGGCUGAAAUAAUAGAUAAUAUAUACAUAUACACAGCUAUGUUAAUUUUAAAUAUUAUAUUGAGAAAAAAGAA